GUUGUGAUUUCGGAAUGGUUCUCUGUUAAAGAUCGCACGUUAUAAACUUUGCUUUCCUUAUUAAAUACACAAUGAGUUUGUAAAGAUGGUCUUUUUAUGAUAUUCUGAUAUGAUAUGAUAUGAUUUUAAUAUAUAUUUAUGAUAUAUUGUGGAAAUUGCUCCCGCCAGACCAUAUCUUUGAAAAUGUGUAUUCUGUAUUUGCUUGAUUCCGUUAUGGAAUAAUUUGUUUCUGCACAUUAUUUCCUCGUGAUACUUCCAAAAGUGUCGUAGCACAUAAAUCUUAGCGGGUUAAGAUGGUUCCUCCAUCCUGACGCCAGAAAAUACCAAAUUUUAAGACUUAUUCCUAAUUAAGCAGUAAUUAUGGAUUCCUCGUGGGGAGCGAUGCCGCGGUAUCGGUCGCUGUUAGUGGAUGGCAACCAGAUCAGCUACCAGAACACAGUCGCCGUCCGCAACGCAGACGCAACGUGGUGGCUGGGAUAUAUUCAGGACAUGGACGGCGAUCACGCUCUCAUCCACUUCGAUUCCAGAAAGGUCACAGCGCGGUGGAUACACACGGGAAAAAUCUGGCCGCUGCCGUUCUAUUAUGAGGAUAAUGUGCAUUCAGGUUGCGACAACGUUCCGGCGUACGUUGCACUGCGUGAUGAAGAGGAGGGCCCGUGGCGUUUCCGACCUACCAUCUUGUUGAAAAGGCUCAGCGGAUGUGGAACUUGUGAAAUAUUUCACAUCAGACCCUAUUCGUCCCACGUCAGUGUGCAGGCAGCCGCCGCUCCGGCUGAACUGGUGGAAAGGGGUCAAGUUGCCGCUCAGUUGCCGCCCAGCGGUCCGCCGUUACUGAAACGCCGCAGUGACUGGACCUUCAAGAAAUACCCGUUGGUGGAGCGCCGCGGUGGCUUGACCUACACCAAACACUUUAUGCCAUUUGCCGGGGCGCAGGGUCUCCUGCGCGAUGCCUCCGAUAAAUUCCGCGUCAUCAAGCACUUUCGCGACGCUUUUGAUCACCUACAGGAACCGUCUGUUCUGUGGGAUGACUGCCGCUUUCAUCUGCGCAUCGAACGGGAUGGCUGCAUGUUCAUUAUUAUAAACCCUGACCCCAGCGCGGAAACAGCGCAGUUGGCGGCGACAUUGUGGGCGCAAGUGCUGGAUACACAUCUGGCCAACCGGGUUAAUCUACCGCCUAUCGGGUGCGGACGAUUUCGUGCAAGCGAAACGAUUCCCUGCAAAGCCGAUCGGGACAGUGAUUUUAGCGAUACACCAGCACGCAUCCGUCAGCUGACGCCUGGGCUCUUGAGCGAAGUUUUGGCCCAUCUCGAUCUGUUCUCACAAACGAGGACCAAACGGGUGUGCGUCCUAUGGGAGUUGCUGCUUAGCAGUCCGCGUAUGGCGGAUCACAUCAGCAUCAACAUGGAAAUCUGUUGGGAGCCGCAGGUGGACAGCAACAACUGCUACAAACUUGCAGCGCUGCUCAGCCGCUCAGUUAACGCUACCACGAAAAGCCUCACCUUACUCAACGCCUCUCCCCCUGCACACGGGUCGUUAAUAAGCGAUUUGUUAGACCUGAUUCAGAUCAAACUGCCUUGGAUAGCCUUCAAAGGCCAGAGCAUCGCCAAAUCCUGGAGCCUGGGGGGACAGAACGAACAUCGGCUGAAGCACGGGGCUUUUCGGGAUUUACGGUUACAUCAAGACAACUGCGAAUCCAUGGCUGUGUACAACUGGAAAGUAGCCGGGUUGUUUGGCCUGGCAACGUACGAAGUGUUUUACGCUCCCUUUUCCGUCGACUCCGAUUAUGGCGUUUGUCGGCUGCCGGCGUCCGAGCAGAACUUGAUGAAACACCUCACACACGAGUCACACGAACUGGCCAUCGAUAAACUGCAGAGCACUAUUCCGCGGCUGCUUCUCAAAUGCCGCGAAAGCGAAAUGGGCAUGACCAGCCGCUUCAUGUGCUCCGUCAACCAAAACUUUCCGCCGGUCACGGAGGACAUGCUAGCAAAGGUGGAGGCUGUGUAUGCGCGUUGGGUGCGCAGCCUGGUGUAUCCGGACGAAUGGCAGACCAUUCGACAGUACCUUUUAGUAUUCAGCGGCUUUUAUGCCGACGGCAGUCCGCGAAUGUGGGAGAAUGUGGACUUACGGCGGGUGGAUGCGAGGACGCUGGGCAAACUGGCCAUCUACGCAAUCAACGAAGUAUUCGCUGUGUGAUGCACAGACGACCUUGCAUCGCGCUGUGCUAAUACUAAUUUAUCGACGUGUUGAAAACUAUUCAGGGGAGGCGUAAUUUCGAAUACCACCUUCGCGAGCAAUGAUUUUCCGAUUCUCGUUUAAUUGAUUUUUUAAGAAUACUCGUACUUAAAGUUUCUUCAUAUGUAUAAGGCUACCAGCAAACACUGAAGCAUGUUGUUAAAUUGUAGCAAAGUGCCAAAGGACAUGCAAAGUGCCAAAGUCUGUGUAGCCAGUUUUCACCUGUACGUUUAUUUCUCAAUAUGUACAAGGCGAGCUUCGCUCAAAUAUGAUCGUAUG